GAUCACUUAGACCCACAAGCCCUGCCUCUGCAACCUCAGGCCAGGGCCUGAAUCACUUCUUCAGAGACUCCAUUCUCCCCAGACUCUCUCUCCUGGCGCCCUGCCUGGUUGCCGUGGAAACAGGUUCCACUGCGGACAAAGGAGGGAUCUGGGUCCUGCUUCCUCCAGGCCCCGUCGAUGAGGAUUUUCAGACCGUGGAGACUGCGCUGCCCUGCCCUGCACUUGCCCUCACUCUCUGUGUUCUCUCUCCGGUGGAGCUUGCCCUCCUUCACUACUGACGAGACCAUGUGUAAAAGUGUGACCACGGGCGAGUGGAAGAAAAUCUUCUACGAGAAGAUGGAGGAGGCAAAGCCAGCCGACAGCUGGGACCUCAUCAUCGACCCCAACCUCAAGCACAAUGUGCUGGCCCCUGGCUGGAAGCAGUACCUGGAGCUGCACGCCUCAGGCCGGUUCCACUGCUCCUGGUGCUGGCACACCUGGCAGUCGCCCCACGUGGUCAUCCUCUUCCACAUGUACCUGGACCGUGCCCAGCGGGCGGGCUCGGUGCGCAUGCGCGUCUUCAAGCAGCUGUGCUACGAGUGCGGCACGGCGCGGCUGGACGAGUCGAGCAUGCUGGAGGAGAACAUCGAGAGCCUGGUGGACAAUCUCAUCACCAGCCUGCGCGAGCAGUGCUAUGGCGAGCGUGGCGGCCAUUACCGCAUCCACGUGGCCAGCCGCCAUGACACCCGGCGGCACCGGGGCGAGUUCUGCGAGGCCUGUCAGGAGGGCAUCGUGCACUGGAAGCCCAGCGAGAAGCUUCUGGACGAGGAAGCGACCACCUACACCUUCUCCCGGGCGCCCAGCCCCGCCAAGCCACAGGCCGAGACGGGCUCGGGCUGCAACUUCUGCUCCAUUCCCUGGUGCUUGUUCUGGGCCACGGUCCUGCUGCUGAUCAUCUACCUGCAGUUCUCCUUCCGCAGCUCGGUCUGAGAAGUCCGAGAGGCCCAAGGCCAGCUGAUGAAAGGAGGCAAGGGGAGACCUGAGUUAGGGGUGGGGUCCAGUUUUUGACAGGCGCCAUCCCUAAUUCAGUAAGAACCCUGGACAAAUUACCAAGCUUGUCCAUCUGUUAAAUUAAGAAUUAGGGCUAGGUCAUCAGUCUUUCCAAGUGAAACCCAGCACCCCAAAGUUCAGUGUAGUUGCUUCAGGGACUUGGGGGUUCUGGAAGGUAGUCUGAGCCAGUGGGUUUCUGACUCCUGGUCAGACUGCCACUCACCCCUGACUCUUACUUCCUCUUCUUACAUCAAUCAGAACAGCUUUAUCCUAGAUGGAGUUCCAGUAAAGAUUUUUCUAUGAAAAAAAAGUCCACCUGCCUCAGACGAGUGUGACAAUGACAGGAUUAGGCGGUCUCGAAGACCUUUUCACAGAAAGCAGCUCACCCUUGCUCUCUGGUUGAUUCCCACCU